UUUGCCUUGUUUUUGUAACCUCCUUUCGGUGUUUACAAUUUGCCCUGCCUCAGCCUGUAACCUGAUCCUCUUUGUUUCGGCUCUGGCUCCGAAUUAUUCCAUUGGGGUUUUCUCACAAAUUUUCGUUAUCAUCUAAAUCCGUGGAAAUAAUCAAAGAAGAUCCGACAUUAUCAUAACCUUUUUGAAUCAAACAAUUCUUAACGAAUAAACCCCCGGAAUCCAUUGAAGCUGUGAAGGAAUUUUCCAUUGCACCGGGGCAGGAAACGAAAGCACUCUCCUAAGGCAGGAAAGACAAAUCGAAACAUGGUCGAUGGCUUCAGGUAAUUUGCAGACAAUCGUCGGCCUCUGGGUUUGGAUUUCAAGAACAGAAUUUCUUCGUAUCAGGUGACAGAUUCCCUUUGCAGAGAGCUAACAUGGGAGGGAAAGAGGAAGGGAACAAAGAGGAACCAUCAUCCGUCCUAUCAAAAAGAGAGGUUUUCGACAUCUCCGGACCCCUGCAUCUCACCCAAAUCGACUGGACCAAUCUCGACCACCGAAGAUCGGUGGCCGCGUCGCUUGUCCAGGGAGUGUGCGUCCUGGAAAGAGACCGCCAGCAGAAGAGGUACGGCCCCGAAGCACAAGCCACACCAUGGUGGACAUUCUUCGACUUCCAGCUCGUCAACCUCCUCCUCGACGACAACGACAAGUCCAUCUUCGGCGCCAUUUUUGAAUACAAAAAAUCCACAACAAACCCUGCUACAACCAUCCCCGAUCCUCCUCCAGACGGCGGUAACAAGAAUCGUCAAAUCUCCGGCGCUCUAGUCCCUCCAGGCUUCCACCAGCACGCCCCGAUCUACACCAUCGCCUUCCGCGGGACACUAAACAAGCGCGACUCCAUCUCCCGCGACAUCGAGCUCGACCUCCUCUGCAUCCGCCACAAGCUCCACAAGAGCUCCCGGUUCCGCGUCGCCGUCCAGGCGGUCCACGACCUGAUCGCCAUCGUCGGCUCCGACAACCUCUGGCUCGCGGGACACUCGCUGGGCUCCGCCAUCGCGAUCCUGGCGGGGAAGAAGCUGGCGAAAGGAGGGACGUUCAUCGAGACGUACCUGUUCAACCCGCCGUUCCUGUCGGCGCCGAUCGAGCGGAUCAACAACAAGACCCUGAAGCAGGGGAUCCGGUUCACGAGCGGGGUGGUCAAGGCCGGGCUCGCCGCCACGACCGAGACCCAGGACCGGAAGACCCGGAAGGAGUCCGAGUUCGCCGUGCUCGCCACGUGGAUGCCGUACAUGUUCUUGAAUCCGAGCGAUCACAUCUGUGCUGGUUACAUUGGCUAUUUCGAGCAUCGGAGGAGGAUGGAAGAGAGAGGCGCAGGGAAGAUUGAGAGGAUUGCGCUGAGCAAUUCGGUUGCCGGGUUGCUGUCGGGGAGCUAUUCGGAGCCGCUGCAUUUGGUGCCGUCGGCGUACUUGACUGUGAAUUCGAGUAAUCUUGCGAGCUUCAAGAAGGCUCAUGGGAUUCAUCAAUGGUGGAACCCGGAUAAUUGUUUCUGCUCUGCUGCGUUCAAGUUUGUCAACAACACAUAAUUGAUGACAAUUUUUUUUUUUUUUUGUAGAUAAUUCUUGUAGUCUGAUUUGUUAGGGGGGAAUUGAUGGUUUCAGUGGUUUCUCCCCCGAGAAAUGUCGAGAGAAGAGAAUCACAAAAUUCAGACAGUAACAUUACAAACAUUAAUUAAGCCAAGCAAGCUACGAAAUGAAAGAAAUUGCUAACUCUACAGCAGGCGUGACCAUGGGUUGAAGGAAAUGCUAGAACAUUUUAGGAAUUUUAGUUGCAGCAGAUCACAACCAUUUUUCAGGAUGUUUGUAAUUGCAAUUUUGUUCAUAAUACAAUUCAUCGUC